UUUUUUAUUACCUUCACUUUGGUGGCGUCUAGUUUUCAAUACUUUGAUGCAAUAGGCCCCGUAAUGAAAAUAAUCUGAAGCCAGGAACGGACCGAGUUUUAUGCGGGCCAGGCGCCCGUUUCUCGAAACACCCGAGAAUUCCCGGGCCCGAAAACUUUAUUUUGCAUUUUUGCCCUCGCUGCGCAUGCGCCAGUCUUUAAGUGGUCGAUUGAUAAGCCUUUAGCUUUAUUAUUCACCGACAACGCACCCCAUAAUUCACAUCUUCUGAGUAAGUAUUAUUUUUAAUACAACUCAGGGGUGAAAUCACAUGCACCAAAAUGUACGGCAGAAUUAAAUCACGCUACAACUCGAUUCCAAUAGACGUUUUGUUUUAUGCUGUGUUUACACUUGAGCGUCAACCUAGGUUCAGUUUGUGGUUUAACUGAACCCCGGUUAGGAGAAAUGCGUCUACACUUGAAAACCUCGGUUGAUCAUUCAGCUGGAACAGCGCCGGUGUUAUUAAUUUGAAUUCUGAGGUCAAAUUGCUGCUCUGCGAUUAUUGUGAUUUUCCUGGCCGUUCUUGUUCUUCUGUGUGGCUUCUGCUUGAGAUUCACUAUAAUUCAAGAUGAUCUUUUAGGGACCACCUUACCUGAUGUUUUCUCUUAUGUUUGUCGUUUUCGUUGAGUUUUUUUGUGCUAGUACGUUAGGGAUUCGCAGUCCCUUUACUUGAAAACAAGUUUGUUGUAAAGUAUUGUGUAAAAUGUCCAGCAAAAUGCGCAGAUCUAGAAAACAUGUGGUAAUCUCAUGACUAUUGAGUAAACACUAUUUGAGAAAUGACUGACAUCGGAAAGCGAUAGCUGACAAGAACUGUCAACAGAUUUGCCUGUAACCUCGGUUGAGUAAGCUAACCAUGCCUCCUGGAAUGGUUGAGCUCAACCGAACCUAGGUUGCGGAUCCUUUGUAAUUGCCGGCACAUAAGUGGCUAUUUCGAGCGUGUUCACACACACUUCAAAUCUAACCUAGGGUGGGUAGUUACUCGACCUAAGUUGGACGCUCAAGUGUAAACACAGCAUUAAUCACUUUUGUCUUAUUUAAUCACCUAAAUAAUAGCAUUUGUCCCCUUGGUGAGACAAUUCAGUUCCGUUAGCUAAUGAUGUGCUAACGAUAAUAGUAUGAAAGCUCUUGGAGUAAACAGACCAAUAGAGAGGCGCAGUUAGUUUUGACAGAACGAUUUUGUGUCUGCAUUUCGCGGGAUAAGAUAAAGACAAAUAAUGAAUUCGAAUGUUUCACCUCAUAUCCGUUUUUAAGCCCUGUGUUGAUUGACUAGACAUGGAUGACUAGCUAAAUUGCUUUUUGCAUUUUAAGAGUCUUCAUCAUAUAGUGAUGGCCGCCACAGGGGUUAUUUUCAAAUGGUUGUGCGGUCUCUCUCUCCCGCUUCUUGCGAUUUUGCUCUUCAAGCGCCACAGAAGGCGAUUGCGAACCAACCCUGAUUGUGAGGGGGGUCUAGAGCCUAGGGAUCCAGGUUGCAAAUGUUCGCCAAGAACCAAAGUGACCUUUAUUACGAAAUAAAUAACGUGAAUGAACUUGCUAAAAGUUUAAAAUGGGCGGACGCUGCGCGUCAAUCGAGGAGGGGACUCCUAUAGAAACAGACGGGGUUAUCGUCAGCAAAAUCAAUUUUAACCCUAUGGGAUAGCACUUUGGGUGUAGCCAACAGCAAUUGGUAGAAAGGGUAAGAAUUUAGUAGAAUUUUAUACCCUAAAAGAUAUAACGAUCAACCCGUCUACUGUUAUGGAGAGUCCACCCCCGAGAGGGGGGGGGGCCUUAAUGCAUAACUUCGUGUUGUCAUUUCGUUGCGUGUAGGCUUGUGGGGCCUGGUGAACAAUGCCGGCGUGUUUAUACCUGGUCCAGUGGAAUGGAUGACAGUGGAGGAGUAUAAACAAAUUGCGGAGGUUAAUCUCUGGGGCACAGUGCGCAUGACCAAGGCUUUCUUACCCUUGUUGAAGAGGGAGAAAGGGAGAGUGGUGAACAUUAGCAGUGUGGCAGGAAUGGUACCACUUCAACGCUCGUCUGCUUAUUGCAUUUCCAAGUUUGGCGUAUCUGUAUUCUCGGAUGCGCUAAGACGUGAAAUGAGCCCCUGGGGAGUAGGGGUGGUGCUGGUUGAGCCAGGGGCAUUCAAGACACAGGCCACAGAUCCCAAAGCUACCAAGGAGAACAUCAAGGGAUUCUGGGAUCGAUUGGAUCCUACUACACGGGAGGAAUAUGGGCAGGACCAUUUUCUGUCAGUGUGUACGAUGCUGGAUUACCAUCUGUCCAAGUCCUCCACGAGUCUGGAGAGUGUCUCACAUGUUGUGCACGAUGCUUUAACAUCACGUGACCCUAAAACUCGCUAUCAAGUCGGCGUGGAUGCUUGUCUGUUUCGCCUGGUUGCUGCUUUGCCUACGGUUAUCAGUGAUUUCGUCCUGUCGAAGCUUAUAGAAAGAGUUGAAAUCCCUCCCCAAGGUUGCUAACUGCAGAUAUACUAUGGGUACAUACAGGCUAUACCUGUGGGAGAAGGGUUGACAUAAAUAAUGACAAAUCUUGAAUGGACGAUAGUAAUGACAAAGGCAACACCACACAGAUAUACCAGGUAUAGGUGCUCUGAGUUUGACUUGGGUGUGGGAGGGGGGGGGGGGGCGCACACAGGGCCCUCCCUAUAUUUUAUCCCCAUAAUACCCACUAUAAGAAAUGGGAUGCUCUAAUGUCGAUACUAUCAUGUCGAUUCUAUCAUGAUUACCGUUUUUUGUGCCGCUUCGCUUUUCCAUGUGUGUAUUUCCUGUCUGUGUUUUGUGUCCCCUCAUCUUUUCUUUUGCAUGCUUUUCAAAUGCUAUUCACUUUAGAAAAAAAAAACGAAGGAAAAGAAAAAUAACAACGAAAAAAGGAUUAAAAAGAGGAAAAAAAGGAAAAGAAAUAACGAAAAGGAAAGAAGAAAAAAACAAAAUAAAACAACAAAUACAAAAAAGGGGUUGAGAAGAAAAAAAAGAGCAAAGAAAGGAAAAAGGCAGGUCAAAUAUAUGUAGUGUAAUUAGUGUAGUAUAAUAAAAAAAAAUACAGACAGAGGAUCAGUGAUAUCAUUGAUUAGGGCUCAUGUGCAAAAUAUAAGCCAUGUUCAAAUUAGAAAAAUAAGAACGUCACAUUUUUUAAGAACAAUUUAUCAACAUUUUUGAAGGAUCUUGUAACAAUAUAUUCAGUUGAAUCAAAAUCCUAUAGAUGUAGCUACUUUAAAAUAUCAAUGAGCUAUACCUUUUUACAUGACCAAUAUUAGCCAAUUCUACAGUAUCAACUAAAUAACUAUAUAAUUAUAUAAUUAUACAGUAUAAAACCACCACCAUAAAUGGCUACCAAUUAAUUACUUUUGUAUAUACUAUUCACUAUGUAAGCAAACUAAUUAACACUACCUAAUAAAACCAUUUUUGUGUAGUUUAAUAUUCAACCAUGUACCAAGUAACAUUAACAUUUAACAUUCAACCAAGUAACACUACUAACUAUCUGUGUAUAUAUGAAAAUACAGUACCUCCACAUACAACCCUACUACUACUCUAUGCCAUUUGGAAAUCAUGAAAUUACUAGUGCUACCUUCAAAAAUCUCAAAAUGAAAAUGUGCCCAAAUAUUGCUUAUUGUUUAUACAAAAAAUGAUCAAUAUGCCAAGAAAGAAAGCACCAAACAACAUAUACAACUUUGUGAUUUCCAAAAAGAAGCAAUUAUUAUACAAAAUCAUCCAUGAAAAACUUAUCUGAGUAUAAUUUUGUGUCAGUGUAAGUGUUUUUAUCUCUUUCCAAAGAAAAAUCAUCCAUGAAAAA